AUGUCCAGCCCGCGACGGCCGCUCGCUCGCUCGUUCAACGACUUGGCAACGCGCACUGGAAACGCCAUUUUCGAUUUCAUGCGCGGCCAACAGAGCGGUCUGGUGCUGGUGCGGUCACGGCGACCACCCCCGCGGGGGCUCCUCCUGCCCAGUCGGCCCCUGGCGCAAGUGCUGGUGGUGCUGCUCCUGGGACUGUGGGUCUGGCCGAGCUCGGCCGCUGAAUUCUAUGUCGCACCUGCUGGAGACGAUGCCGGCAACACGGGAACCUCGCCAACCUCGCCGUUCCGCACCGUCUCCAAAGCCAUGAGUACGGCCAACUCGGGCGAUUCCAUUUAUUUGGCCAACGGGGUGUACUCGGGCCCUGGCAACAUUGGUGUCUUGGUUGCUGAUGUGCACGUCUCACUGAUUGGCGAGAGUCAAGAAGGCACAAUCUUCGACUGCAUGGGCGCGUCUGGACCAGUGUUUGACGUAUCGUUCGGCACGCCGCUGUUUGCCAACCUGACAAUUCAGCACUGCUUUUCGAUGAGCAGCUCAGGGGCCAUGACAAUAUCGGGCAUCACUGUGUCUGCGUCGUUGGUCAACGUGACCAUUCGGUAUUGCUCCUCGAACAGCGUGGGCGGCGCGAUUCAGGUGCAGCUCGCCAAUGCCACCUUCGACAACGUGCGUCUGGAGAACAAUGCGGCCGUGAACGGCGGCUCCUUGUUUAUCGUGAGCUCACCACACAUACAUGUUCGAAACAUGUUUGAUUUCAACUCCACCGCCAUCAACGGAGCAGCCAUUUACGCGACCGCCACAUCGAUUGACAUUCACGAUUCCGUGUUUGCGCUGUCGGCGGCUUCUUCGCUUGGCGUCGUCUACUUGGCGCUUUCAAAAUGCGAGGUGACGACUUCUCGGUUUGAGGGCACCGCCGGGACCAGCAUCUUUACCUCUCAAGCGCAGUUGUUGAUUGACGACUGCGUCUUUUCUGGCAACACCAACCAGUUGUCGGGCUCGGCUGUUCAAAUCACGGCCACGGACACGAAUGACGGCAGCUUCGACCGGAUUCUCAACUCUCUCUUUGUCGACAACACGGCAUACGACCGCGGAGCGUUGUACGUCAAGAACGGUGGCUAUGCCGUUGUGCAAAAUUGCACGUUUCUACGAAAUCGGUCCUUUUCUGGCGGCGCAGUCUCGGUCACGACCGACGGUACCGCAUUUCUCUACAAUUGCACACUGCAAGACAACUCUGCCACCAGCGCCGUCAGUAAUGCAACCAUUUCGAGCAUUAUCAUGGAUGGAGGGGGCGCUCUCGAAGCAUCCAAAUCAGGCGCCUUCCUGAGCGCGGACAACUGCAUCAUGGUCAACAACACUUCACAGUACGGUGGCGCCGUGUUUGCAGGAAGCAAAGGCACCGUCAUCAUCAAUGGCUCGAAUACCGUGAUUGCCAACAACACUGCCUGGUUUAUGGGUGGCGGACUGUACGUGCAGGACAGCGCUACAAUCAUCGUUGCUAACUCGUUCAACGUUUCGGUUGAGCAAAACGUUGCCGUCUUUGGUGGUGGUUUUGCGAUCGGCUCCAAGGGGACCCUCAUGCUGAGCAAUGUCAUUGCCAGAGGCAACAUGGCUGCUCUUGCGGGCAGCGGCGGGUAUGUGUCGGGCACGUUUGUGCCGUCCCAUGUGUACUACGACGGCAACGUCGCGGGCAAGCUGAGUGGCGGUGUCGUGCUGUUUUCCGAUCCAGCCAGCGCAAAAGUCUGUGAUACAUGCGUUGUUUUACCAAACAACCUGGAAAUCUUUGAUGGCGGGUCUGUCAGGACGUCGAGAAUCACAACAGGACCGAGCGUGAUUUUCAUGCGAAGCUACAGCGACACGUUCAGCUUUGCACCCGGCGGGAAUGGCACUGCUGUCAACCCAUACGUCUCCACCAUUCGUAUUGUUCCUGGUACCUUCCUUGGCAUUUCUCUGGAGGUGCACGAUGCCUUUGGAUCCACACUGGAGGGUGUCGGGCCAGAGUACCGAAUCACGGCAGAUUUUUUGCCAGCGGGCGUCGGCGCGUUCCGCUUUUACAUUCCUGGACCACUUUCGGGAGGCAAAUUCGCUGGCGCGCUACCCUUUAUUGGACAAUUCAACACUACAUUUACCUUGUUUAUUCGGCUCACGUAUGUCGACUCCCACCUGGUCCCCAACGUGGGGCCGCUCGUGCUGGAGUUCUCGACGGCGGAUUCGUGCGGCCCCGACCAAGUGGAACAGAAGGUAGCCAUUUCCAACAUGGCCUCUCUUCCCAACUGCGUGGCGACGGAGCUUUCUACCGUCGCGAGCUCGGCCUUCAUUUCGAUUCAGGCCGUCACCAGCCUCUUUGCCCUCUUCACAAUUGUUGUAUUUCUGCUCAUCCGAGGGUUUCGAUCGCACCGCGCCAUCCGGGCUGCGAGUCCGACACUGUUGCAGCUCAUGCUGGCGGCCACCUCGCUCGUCUUUGUGGCCAUCUUCCUGAUGGGCGUGGACACUGAGUCGGACGAG